CAAGGAUAAAUACAAUAUUAUAAAUUAUAAUUCUAUAUCAGUUAAACUAUAACGCAUUGAAAAUUAAAGACUGCAAAUUGGAUUUUAAAAUUCAAAUAAUCAUAAUGAAACGGAUUCAAAUUAUUUAUAAUUGUUGAAUUCUAGUUUUUAAUUUGUUAUCCUUAAUUUUUAUUUGCAUAGCCUGAUGGGUUUCAGGCUCGUUUUUUAUUAGUUGUUUGGACUUGUUCUUUUUUUUUAAGACAAUUGUACGACUAUCUCAUUUUAGGUACAUAAAUGAAAUUUUAGGUACAUAAACAUAUAUAGUUCAAUUAAAAAUAAUAGAUCUAUAAUGAAAGAAACUUGCUUCAGUUUAUUAAGUAUUGGAUAUAUGAAGAAAUAAAGGUAAUAUAAAAUGAAAGGAAAUGUUUUCUCCUCUAAAACUUAGGUCGAUAUUCAUUAUAGUCUAAUUUUAUUUCAAAACCGUCUUAGGUAAUGUCUCAAGAUGUUAAUACUCUGUGAUUGGUUGAUAACAUCUUAAAACAAUACCUAAGUUGAUCUCAAAUGUAAGAUUCAACUGAAUGAAUACCUAUCUCAAAUACGUUUUUAUCAUCUUUGAUGUUUAAAAAUGCAAGAAGCCUCUGAACAGACAUUUUUUUAUAGUGAAGCUUUUCAUUUUUGUUUGCACAGCUGUUAACCCUGCUGUUCUGUUCAGACCUGUCCGACAUAAAAGACGCAUUUUCAACAAUAUGUGUAUUUUAUUUUCUUUAAAUAAUAUUUUAUUAAAAAAAAAUUUUCUCUGGCAUUUGAUAAUUUUGCCUGUUAGUAUGUACAAUAAGAUCUUUUGUCCGUAAAUAUUUAUUAUUUCUGGAUUUUUUAGAGCUUUUCAAUCAUAUAUAUCGACUCAAAUGACAUGUCAGUAGGAAAUUCAAAUAGAACAGUAGGGUUAAACAAGGAUGAAGCGAUUCACGGUGUCUUGCUGGGAAACGCUUAAUAUUAGCGUCGAUAGGAUUUUGAAAAAUAUGUAAAGCACAAAAUAUCGUGCCCAUGUUGUAAUCGGCGCGCUCUGACAUCACGAUCACGUGGGCUAGUGCGUACCGCGGACGCGGAAGUCUCGCGUCUGCGCUUUGUACCGGCAGAACCGUGGUAGUGUGCGUGGUCCCGCGUGGAUCCCGCGCGAUUCACGGCUGAUCGUGUUGUGUCAAAUGUAAUAACCGGGCGACCGUGCCCUUGGCGCUGGCCGAACAGGAAUUGGGGAGCCGUGUCGAAUUCAAUCUCGCAACAAAACAAAUCGUAUGUAUGGUCGUGUGAGACACGUGGACACACACACACACCGGAUGAUCGGCUGUAACCGCCGCCGCCACUGACCAACCGUCUACGCAAACGAACACGCAUGCACACGCACGUCGUGUGCGCGCACGCGAGGAUGGCCGGGAAUUGGUCGAGGCUGAAUCGGCGCGGAUUUCAAUUGGUCGAGAACCUGCUGCUGCGCGCCCGAAGUCGACGUAUAAACGAUUUCGCCGAUCAAGGACGCACCGCAGACGUUUGCGGCCCUCCGUAUAGACGAGACUAUCACCUUACAACAACGCGUUACACACGAGAACGAAGCAUGGAAUCAAUACUCCAUGAAAACAUUUGGGAGAGCGAUCCUGAGCUCUUUGACUUGAUGAAGAAGGAGAAGAAACGGCAAGAAUCCGGGCUGGAGAUGAUCGCGAGCGAAAACUUUACGUCUCUCAGUGUACUCCAGUGUCUGAGCUCGUGUUUGCAUAACAAAUACAGUGAGGGAUUGCCUGGUCAGAGAUAUUACGGUGGAAACGAGUUCAUUGACGAGAUUGAAUUGCUGGCGCAGAAACGCUCCUUGGAAGCCUUUAAUUUAGAUCCCGAGCAAUGGGGUUGCAAUGUGCAACCCUAUUCGGGAAGUCCAGCGAAUUUCGCAGUGUACACGGGUUUGUUAGAGCCUCACGGACGUAUAAUGGGCCUGGAUUUGCCCGAUGGUGGCCAUCUCACUCAUGGUUUCUUCACGGCGACCAAGAAGAUCUCCGCUACAUCUAUCUUCUUCGAAUCGAUGCCGUACAAAGUCGAUCCUGUCAGUGGUUUGAUCGACUACGAUGAACUCGCAAAACAGGCAAGAUUGUUUAAACCGAAAAUCAUCAUCGCUGGAGUAUCUUGUUACAGCAGAUGUCUCAACUAUAAACGUUUUCGCGAAAUUGCCGACGAGAACAACGCCUAUCUCUUCAGCGACAUGGCUCACGUCUCUGGAUUAGUCGCCACCGGGUUAAUACCCAGUCCUUUCGAAUUUAGUGACGUUGUUUCGACAACUACACAUAAAACCUUACGUGGUCCGCGCGCUGGCGUUAUUUUCUUCCGAAAAGGCGUUCGGAGCGUCACGAAAGACGGCAAAAAAAUUAUGUAUGAUAUAGAGAAUAGAAUAAAUCAAGCUGUCUUUCCGGGUCUUCAAGGUGGACCUCACAAUCACGCUAUCGCCGCUAUAGCCACCACUAUGAAACAGGUGAAAACAUCAGAAUUUCUCGAGUAUCAAAAACAAAUAGUAGCUAACGCGAAGAGAUUGUGUGCUGGUUUGCAAGAGCGCGGUUAUAACAUCAGUACGCAUGGCACGGACGUCCAUAUGAUGUUAGUAGAUCUACGAUCUACGGGCAUAACUGGUUCAAAGGCAGAAAAGAUCUUGGAAGACAUUUCUAUCGCCUGUAAUAAAAACACUGUUCCCGGUGAUAAAAGUGCGUUGAAUCCUAGUGGAAUCCGUUUAGGAACACCCGCACUUACUACUCGUGGUUUAAUCGAGGAAGACAUCGACGAAGUCGUGGACUUUAUAGACAGAGGACUGAAACUUGCUAAGGAAGUAAGUGCUAUCUCCGGCCCGAAGCUGGUUGAUUUCAAGAGAGUGUUAAAUACUGAUGAAAAUAUUGUGGCAAAGGUUGCGGCUCUAAAAGAGGAAGUCGAAACUUUCUCGAGGAAAUUUUCAAUUCCUGGUCACAAAAGUUAUUAAGCACGAAACAUAUUUCAUUUUUGUUAUUAAUCUUAUCGCUCCUUAUAAUGUUUGUAUUAUAUUAUUAUAUAUUAUAUUAUAAUACUUAUAAUGUUUUCAUUAUAAAGCACUAAUUAUAAAUUUUUUAAAUUAUUGUUAUAUUUUUUCUAAAUGAUGAGAUCUGUAUUAUUCAUGUAUCCAAGUGAUUCAUGAAAGUUAACGACGCAGCAUAUUUCUAUUUUUCUAUGUAUAAAAUGUCAUUUUAUUAUGUAA